CUCUUCUGACUGUGUGAGAGGAAGUGUGCCUUUCCUGCCAGGGGAGGGUCCUGGAUUAACUAAGCUCUGUCUGCCUUCAUACCAAACGCUCAGCUGAUAUCUGCUGCCGAAGGAUAUAACGUACUGUAGCCAGACUGACUGCACAGCUAGUUGCUGCUGUGGUUUAUAUUGGCAGACUGCAGUGGACUGCAAGAAGAGGAGAUUCUGUUUCUGUACGGAGGAGAAAGAACGCUAACUUCACCAGAGCUGGUGGUUUGUUGCUGUAGGGAGAGGAAAAACAGAAUAACAGAGGCAGAGAAAGAGAAACCGAUCUUGUGUCAAGCUAAAUGGCCUGAUGGGGGAGAUGUACAAGGUUUAACGCAGCAUGUCCAUUGAAGCAAGGCACCCAGAGGCCGAGACAGGAUUUGUUCCGAGUGUUCAAGACUUUGAUAAGAAGCUAGCUGAAGCUGACGCCUACCUACAGAUUCUGAUUGACCAGUUAAAGCUGUUUGAUGAGAAGAUCAAGGACUGCAAAGAGGAUGAAUCACGCAGAAAAAUUGAAAAUUUGAGGGAGACUACUUGUAGCAUGGUAGAGUCCAUCAAGCACUGUAUUGUACUGCUGCAAAUCGCCAAGGACCAAAGUAACGAACAGCAACACGCAAACGGACUUAUAAGCACCAUAAACCCAGUGGAUGGGAUCUACCAACCCCCUCUGGACCCUCCUGUAGUCAACACCACGAUGCCAACACAGACCACACUACCCACAGACGCUUCUCAGGUGUGUAAAUCCGACCAACGCCCCUCCACGUUACAAGUUGGUCCCAUUGUCACGGUGAUGGGCAGUCUGCAGACCCCAACUCCCAACAGCACAGGGAGUGGCCAGUCAGGCCCCAGCAGCAGCGUCGCCUCCCCGUCUCACAUCCCCCUCCUCUCGCACUCGGUGCCAGACUUCUCCUAUUCCUCCAGCGAGGAUGAGUUCUACGAUGCUGAUGAGUUCUACCAGAGCAGUACUUCCCCCAAACACUGCAUAGAUCCCUCAGGGCCUCAAGCGUCCUCACCUCUCACUAAUGAAGCAACAGCGUUGAAACGACCAGACACCACCGAGUCCCUCAACUCGUCCAUGUCUAACGGCACAACAGAUGCAGACCCGUUUGACAGCCAUGAUGACCGCGAUGAUGAAGGUGAGGGCGAGUCUGUGGAGGAGCACAAGAGCGUCAUCAUGCAUCUUCUCUCUCAAGUUCGUUUGGGCAUGGACCUCACCAAGGUGGUACUGCCUACCUUCAUCCUGGAGAGGAGAUCUUUGUUAGAAAUGUACGCCGACUUCUUUGCACAUCCCGACUUAUUUGUAAGUAUCGCUGAGCAGCCGGAGGCCCGGGAGCGCAUGGUUCACGUGGUAAAGUGGUACCUGUCAGCUUUCCACGCAGGGAGGAAAGGUUCAGUGGCCAAGAAACCUUACAACCCAAUCCUGGGAGAAGUCUUCUACUGCCACUGGGAUCUGCCCAGCGACACAGAGGAGCCUUCCCCGCACACGGAGACAGUAUCAGAAGGUCCAGUACCAUGGUCUUCAUCCAACAGUGUGUGUUUUGUGGCAGAGCAGGUCUCUCACCACCCACCCAUUUCUGCAUUCUACGCAGAAUGUUUAAAUAAGAAGAUCCAGUUCAACGCUCACAUCUGGACUAAGUCUAAGUUCUUGGGCAUGUCCAUAGGUGUCCACAAUAUUGGCCAAGGUUGUGUGUCGUGUUUGGAGCAUGAUGAACAUUACAUCCUCACCUUCCCUAACGGAUAUGGCAGGUCGAUUCUGACUGUGCCGUGGGUGGAGCUGGGUGGGGAGUGCAACAUCUCCUGCUCCAAGUCGGGCUACAGUGCUAACAUCGUGUUCCACACCAAACCCUUCUACGGAGGAAAAAAGCACAGGAUCACUGCUGAGAUUUUUUCACCUAAUGAUAAGAAGUCUUUCUGCUCCAUUGAAGGAGAAUGGAAUGGAGUGAUGUAUGCCAAGUGGGCAACUGGAGAGAACACAGUGUUCAUAGACACUAAGAGGAUAGGCAUCAUUAAGAAGAAAGUGAGAAAGCUGGAAGACCAGCUCGACUACGAGUCCCGAAGAUUGUGGAGAGAUGUGACGUUGAACCUGAAGCAAAGGGACAUUGAUGCAGCAACAGAAGCCAAACACCGGCUGGAGGAGAAACAGAGAGCCGAAGCCAGAGAGAGGAAGGAGAACGAGCAGCAGUGGGAGACCAGGCUAUUUCACGAGGACGGGGAGUGCUGGGUCUAUGAUGAGCCUCUAUUAAAGAGAUUAGUCCCUCAGAGGCACUGAGAGGACUACGCACAUUCUGAUGCACACACACACACACACACACACACACACACACACACCAUACAUAUGCAUAAAGAACUGCACACACAACAGAGUCUUCAUAAGAACUCUUUUGCAAAACCACUUCUUUUCCAAGCCUUGGAAUGACUGACUUAUGAUUGAAUAUGUACACAACUUUGCAUUUGACUGUAAAACAAUAUGGAAAUGAAUGAAAUCAAACGGAAAAGCGUCUGAGAUGUAACUUGAAAACUAGUAAAGCUCCUCUUCUUAUUUGGGCAACAUCACUUCCACCGCCAGCACGAGAGUCGGGAGCGCAGAGUGGAGACGGGAGGUCGACUCUUCUCAGCUCUAUCCGUCAGCUCCACGACCACACCCUUCAUCAGCUCCAUGGGACGAGCAAGAGCAGCACUCAUUUCCUUACACAAACAUUUUUGUUUUGGGGGGCAAGGGGGUGUGGUUGAUGGUGUUGAAAUCAAAUAAACCUUGACAAAUAAACGGGCGCUCUACAUCUCAGGGAAUCUGGUGACUUAAGAAAGAAAGCUGCUGCCCCCUCUGAGAGUCUGACAGCCUUAUAACAGUGGAAGGGAUGAAUCUUAAAGGGGUGGGGGAGAAAUUCUCCGCUUGCCUGCAACUAGUUGUAACUGUUUAUAUAUAGAUAUACAUAUGAUGGAUAUAUAAAUAUAUAUUCUUUUUUAUUUUCAAUGCUCUUUUUGUUUGUUUUUCUUUCUGGCAAUAGUGUAAAAAAUAUUUGAGGAUAUGAAUUUGAUCUUUAGGAAUCAUUCCAUUUACCCUUUUGGUGUUUUGUUCCCAUUUUAAGUUCACUUUGCUGCUUAUUUGGUCCUUCGCACGGUUCUGUGUCUCAAGUGUUAUCCAGAAGCAAAGCCCUACAUAAGCCAUAGCAUCUCAACUCACUGAUUGGGAGAGUUGUGAUAGAUUUGUGGAAUAUAUGCAAUCUAGAGAACAUUGACAUUGCCUGUCAAAGGACAAAUUUGGGUGUCCAUUAUGCCAAAAAUGUUUAGAUAAAAGGCUAAAGGGACUUUCAUCUGGGCAAAGAACAAACAACCCUCAUGUUUCCAUGUUACCUGAAGGCAUUUAUAAACAAAUAAGUGUUUUACAUAUGUUUGUCUUUAUGGAUCGCUGGUUCAUGAUGAGGACGUAAGGCUAGGACUAAGUCUGUAAAGUCUCCCUUUUUGUUCUUCACGUCGCCUGUCCGUGUUUCCUGUCCAAACCCACAGAUUUCAGAGUAGAUCACCUUGAUGGUUCACCUGUUGUCAGAGGGUGAGGACAGUGAAAACAAGGAACCGGAGUAGACUUUUGAAACACUGAUGCUGUUUUCAUAGUCCUGCUAUGAAUCCAGACUGUGUUCUACUGGUUCUGUUUUCUUGUAAACUCAAUUUUUUUGUCCAAUGUUUUUUGAGAUAACCACAUAGAGGGCAAUAUUAAUCCUACUGUACACCUCUGCUUUCUGAAACCAUCAUCCAUUCUCUUAUUUACAGCUGCAUAGGUUGGAUCUAAAUGCAAUGAUAUUUGGAUGAAAUACAGAAAUAAACAAUUUUCACAUGAAAACGCA